AAUCAGUCAAUCAGCCUCGAACCGCAUCGGAACUUGCAACGAUCAACGUAAACACCCCCGGUGCCCGAAGUUGGGGCCUCAGAGCUUUCCCGGAAAAUUCUGCCACACGUGGCGUCCCCUCCAAACGGUCCAGCUCACGACGUUUUCCCACAGCCCGCGCGAGGAAGGAUGUGCACACCGCCCCACGCCCAGCGGUUGAUGCCGGUUGCGGCCCCCGGCCGGCCACGGCAAUGGACGCUGCACCGGCGCCUGUGGCAGCUCCUGGCCAUCCUGGUGGCCGGUCUGCUGAGCGGCACGAUGCUAACGACAGCCCGGGCAAAGCCGACGCUCUCGUUCCAGCUGUCCCAGAUUCCCGGCUUCACACACAUCGUCGAGCGGCGGCUGAUGGACGCCAUGAAGAGCUACAGUGAACGCCGGCUAGACGUGGAGAGUUUGCGGAUGAUUUACUUCCACGAUCAAACGGUGGCGGUGGUCGAGCUUGGGCCGGCAAAACGACUGAUCGGAUGUGAACUGAUAGAAGUCUACAACGAUGCCGAAGGAACGGAACUGCUGCGCAACCUGUCGACCAUCAACCGACCACUGGAAGUCUCGUUUCGCGAUAUGAUCAAACUGAUGGAGCAGUGCGAGCAGGUGGAUCGGCUCAACGAGCGUAACCAGCAGCAACAGCAACAGCAGGGCACCGUGGCACCGGACGCGUGGAACGGAGGACCGAUCGCGUACCGGAUCGCUUCCGACCGGGACUCGGGGCAAGAAGAGAGUAACCCACCGGAGUCGGCGGGCUCCACCAGUAGUGACGGUGGCUUUUUGGCGCUGAUCAUGAAGAACCGCAGCAGCAGCAGCAGCAGUAGCAGCAACAGCAGCAAGAGGGGCAUCUUUCACAAGGGAUCGUUUUCGCUGUUGAGCGGCAUCAUCCCCGGGACGAAGUGGUGCGGUACGGGGGACAUUGCCGAUGGUUACUACGACUUGGGCGAGGAUGCGCUCAUGGAUCGCUGCUGCCGGACGCAUGAUCUCUGCCCGAUUAAGGUUCGGGCAUACCAGAAGCGCUACAGCUUGAGUAAUAACUCUAUCUACACGAAGUCACAUUGCAGGUGCGACGAUAUGUUGUUCGAGUGCCUGAAGCAUACCAACACCUCGGCGGCCCAGGUCAUGGGGUUGAUCUACUUCAAUCUGGUGCAAGUGCCGUGUCUGGAAGACACCUCCACCGGACUCCAGUUCCGCAAGGCCCGCGAGGGCUUCUAA